UGCUGGCGGGCCGGUCUGCGGGAAGCCGAGGGAGACUGAGUUCGUGCCGAUUGCGAACUGCCGUCACCCGCGGGGCAGCUCUCCUCCCGGCGCCAUGGCAGCGGCGAAGAAGCGGCUUUCUGUGAAGGAGGCUUUUCGGCUGGCGCAGCAGCCACACCAGAACCAGGCGAAGCUGGUGGUGGCUCUGAGCCGCACGUACGGCGCGAUGGAUGAUAAAACAGCUUUUCAGGACCAGUUUGUCCACUGCCUUAAAUACGCUAUGGUGGUAUAUAAACGGGAACCUGCUGUGGAGAGGGUCAUAGACUUCGCAGCUAAGUUUGUUACUUCAUUUCACCAGACUGAUCAGGAAGAGGAAGAGGAAGAUGGUGGCAUCUUAAACUAUUUGUUUACUUUUCUUUUAAAGUCUCAUGAAGCAAACAGCAGUGCAGUCAGAUUUAGAGUAUGCCAGCUCAUUAAUAAACUUCUGGGGAGUAUGCCAGAAAAUGCCCAAAUUGAUGAUGACUUGUUUGAUAAAAUUAAUGAAGCCAUGCUUAUUAGAUUGAAAGAUAAGAUUCCAAAUGUAAGAAUACAAGCAGUUUUGGCUCUUUCUCGACUCCAAGAUCCCAAGGAUGAUGACUGCCCAGUAGUUGAUGCAUAUGUUACUUUGAUUGAAAAUGAUUCAAAUCCAGAAGUUAGACGUGCAGUGUUAUCCUGUAUUGCACCAUCAGCAAAGACUUUGCCAAAAAUUGUAGGACGCACAAAGGAUGUAAAGGAGGCUGUCAGAAAGCUGGCUUAUCAGGUGUUAGCUGAAAAAGUUCAUAUGAGAGCUAUGUCCAUUGCUCAGAGAGUACUGCUUCUUCAACAAGGUCUUAAUGACAGGUCAGAUGCUGUGAAACAAGCAGUGCAGAAGCAUCUUCUCCAAGGCUGGCUGCGCUUCACCGAAGGCAAUAUCUUGGAAUUGCUUCAUCGCUUAGAUGUGGAAAAUUCUUCUGAUGUGGCAGUCUCUGUUCUCAAUUCCUUAUUUUCAAUGACUCCUCUCAGUGAGCUAGUCAGCAUCUGUAAAAAUGAUGAUGGCAGGAAGUUGAUUCCAGUGGAAACAUUAACUCCUGAACUUGCUUUGUACUGGCGCACCCUUUGUGAAUAUUUGAAAUCGAAAGGAGAUGAAGGUGAAGAGUUUUUAGAGCAGAUUUUGCCAGAGCCUGUAGUAUAUGCAGAGUAUUUACUGAGUUACAUCCAGAGCUUCCCACUAGUUAAUGAAGAACAGAGAGGUGAUUUUACCUAUAUUGGAAAUUUGAUGACAAGAGAAUUUAUAGGUCAGCAAUUGAUUCUAAUUAUAAAAUCUUUGGAUACCAGUGAAGAAGGAGGAAGGAAACGACUGCUGGCUAUUUUGCAGGAGACUCUUAUUCUCCCUACAACUCCAGUAUCCUUAAUUUCUGUUAUUGUUGAGAUACUCCUCCACAUCAUCUUAGAUGAUAAUAAAAGGAUACAGAUUGUCACAGAAAUUAUCUCAGAGAUUCGUGCACCCAUCGUUACUGUUGAUGUUGAUCCAUCUGAUACAAGAAAGAAGGAACUCAAGAUGGCUGAAAUAAAAGUUAAGCUUAUUGAGGCUAAAGAAGCUUUGGAAAAUUGCAUUGCUAUACAGGAUUUUGAUCAGGCAUCAAAACUAAAAGAAGAGAUAAAAACAUUGGAAGAUGCCAGAAUAAACCUGUUAAAAGAGACAGAGCAACUUGAAAUUAAAGAAGUCCACACAGAAAAGAAUGAUGCUGAAACAUUACAGAAGUGUCUUAUUUUGUGCUAUGAACUAUUGAAGCAGAUGUCCAUGUCAACUGGAAUUGGUGCAACUAUGAAUGGGAUCAUUGAAUCUUUGAUUCUUCCUGGAAUAAUAAGUGUUCAUCCUAUAGUAAGAAAUUUGGCUGUUUUGUGCUUGGGAUGCUGUGGACUACAGAGUCAGGAUUUUGCAAGUAAACACUUUAUGUUAUUCUUACAGGUUUUGCAAAUUGAUGAUGUCACAAUAAAAAUCAGUGCUUUAAAGGCAAUCUUUGACCAGCUGAUGACAUUUGGGAUUGAACCAUUUAAAACUAAGAAAGUUCAGGCCGUUCACUGUGAAGGUGCAGAAAUAAACAGUGAUGAUGAACAAGAAGUGAAAGAUGUUGAAGAGACUGCUGCAGCUAAGAACGUUCUGAAGCUCCUUUCUGAUUUCUUAGAUAGCGAGGUGUCUGAACUCAGGACAGGAGCUGCAGAAGGACUAGCCAAGCUGAUGUUCUCUGGGCUUCUGGUCAGCAGCAGGAUUCUUUCUCGUCUUAUUUUGUUAUGGUAUAAUCCUGUGACUGAAGAGGAUGUUCGACUUCGACAUUGUCUAGGCGUGUUUUUCCCCAUGUUUGCUUUUGCAAGCAGGACUAAUCAGGAAUGCUUUGAAGAAGCCUUUAUUCCAACUCUGCAAACGCUGGCCAAUGCUCCGGCCUCGUCUCCUUUAGCUGAAGUAGAUGUCAUAAAUGUUGCUGAGUUGCUUGUUGAUCUGACAAGACCAAGUGGAUUAAAUCCUCAGGGAAAGAAUUCCCAAGAUUAUCAGGCCUUAACAGUACAUGACAACUUGGCUGUAAAAAUUUGUAAUGAGAUCUUAACAAGUCCACGUACACCAGAAAAUCGGGUUUAUACAAAAGCUUUGAGUUCUCUAGAACUCAGUAGCAGUGUUACAAAAGAUCUCCUGCUUCUGUUGGAUGAGAUUCUGGAGCAAGUAACAGAUAGGACAUGUCUGAGAGCUUUGGAGAAAAUCAAGAUUCAGUUAGGAAAAGGAAGUAAAGAAUUUGACCAAACUGUAAUAGCACAGGAUGUCAACACGACUACAAAUGCUCUUCAGAAUGAAGAUGAAGAAUAUAUGACUCCUCGGAGGGAUAUGAAAGGAACUCAAGCAUCCAAAUCCACACAACGAAAGACUAACAGAGGACGGAGAAAAGCACCAGUUUCAUCUAGGACCAACAGGAGACGUCAGGCUCCUGAGACUGACUCUGAAAGUGAUCAUGAUGUUCCAGAACCACCAUCAGAAAUGAAGAUGAGAUUACCAAGACGAGCCAAGACAGCAGCACUAGAGAAAACUAAACGUAAUCUUGCUCAGGUGCUUAAUGAAGAGCCGAGUUAAGAGAGUUGACAAGGACGUAGUCCUUUGAAGUUGUGCUUAUUUCUUUGCUUUAAUAGUUACUGUGGUAAAAAUAAGAAAUACCUGCUGUGUUUCUGGAAACAUGGAACGUUGCCACAUGACUUUGGCAUCUGUCAGUGUGAUCCAUCUGCAUGGAUCCAGACCUUUUUUAUUAGAAUGUUAAUUGGGCCUAGGAACCUGAUUUUAAAUUAGGUUCCCAAGGUGAACCCUAUGAAACUAUGACAUUUGGAAAGAUGUAUCAUAAGCCCAGUAGCUUAUAUUUGAGAAGCUUAAAUAGAGUAGAUCUAACAUAGGUGACAGUGUCAGACAAAUGGCAUUUGAAGGGUGAGUACUUGCAGCUAUACAGAAAGCUGCUUAUUACCAUUGAGGACUGGUAUAAUGAACCAAAGCAUUCCUUAUUUACAUGAAACAAUGGCUUUGAAAAUUGUAUGAUUCCCAUAUUAAGUAUUUAUUUGAUAAUCUUACCUCUGAGUCAUUUUCUCUUCCUAAAUCUUUCCAUAUAGGAACACUUGUUUAUGAAUGUUUCUGGAUUAGGGAGAUGUCCACACACAUUAAUCAUGAAGAGACAUUGGUUUUUGGCACAUCAAAGAAUAAUCUAGUUGGAAUGAUAAACAGUACUAAUCGGAAAUGAAAGUUAUAAGAAGUCAUCUUUAUGUACUGAUUUAUGAGCAGUUUUUUUUGCUCAAUUUCAAUUAUCUUUUAAAAUUGUCACUUAUGAAACAUAAAUGUUUUGAAAGCUGCAUUGUAUAAAAGUAGUCCUUUUUAUUUCUGCCAUAUCCAAUGAAACACCUAUAUUAUUUCUGAUAAUGACCUUUUCUCUUUAUUUCGUAUAAAAAUGUUCUAACAUGGCCGGGCGGUGGUGGCGCACGCCUUUAAUCCCAGCACUCGGGAGGCAGAGCCAGGCAGAUCUCUGUGAGUUCGAGGCCAGCCUGGGCUACCAAGUGAGUUCCAGGAGAGGCGCAAAGCUACACAGAGAAACCCUGUCUCGAAAAACCAAAAAAAAAAAAAAAAUAAAUAAAAAAUGUUCUAACAUGAAUUUUUUAUUAAUUGUGCUUCUUUAAAUUUAUUUGCCAGAGGCCAUUUAUUUCAACUGAUGUUCUGAGAUGGAGUGAAGGUGAUAUUGCUGGUUUUUAGAACCAAAAGGCUAUUCUAUGUACAUAAUAUGUGCUUCAUAGAACUCAGAAAAGGAGUCAAAGUUACAAAGCAAGAAUGCUCAUUAAGCAAAAGGAAAAGGCAGAUCUGUUAAUGAUAUAAACCAAUGAAAAACAUUGUUGUUCUUCAUCUCUUGGCUCUGUGUCUUUUCCUGUGCUUCAUAUUCCUUAUUGUUAUAGCUCCUGUUAAAUCCCUGUCUUAAAAAAAUUCACAGAGAAUAGGAAGUAAGCAGGACCAAAAUGGUAUAUAACACGAUGGCGAUGUAAGGGGAAGCCUCUAGGAAUGAACUAUGAUCCCAUUUGUACAUGUGCAGAGUAUCCAAAAGGAAAGAUGCUAUGAUCAUGUAGACACUGUACCAAAAGCUUGCUUUUCUGACAUAGGAAAACCCGCUUUUAAUCACUAACCAUUAGUAGUAGUCUUAACUACUCAGACUUUAGACAAUAGCCAUGGCUGCAGGUGUACUUUGCAUCAUUAGCAUAGUAAGGAAUAUUGUCCGGCUUCUACAGGCUAUCCCUGUAAGCUUUGGAGUAAAUUGCUAAACUACAAUAAAACCAACAGGUAUAAAAACAGUUAUCUCUUUUUUCAUUCAAAAUUGUUAACUUAAACCAGUGUUCUUGUUUACCAUGAGGUACAAAUUUGCUGAGGGGUAAACAUGCAAUUGUGCCAUUGCUCUUAUGGCCCACAGAUGAGAGUUUUAAAUUACAGAAAGAGAACUGAUAACCUAAUUUUUUUUAUGAAUGAAAACAUGCUGUAUUUGAUAAGCUAAUCAACCUUUUUUUAUACAUAUAUAACUUUAGAAGAGAUAUACUUCCAAGUGAUACCUUUGCCUUUCCCAGUUUGCUUCGAGGUAGUUAGUAUCCACCUGUUACACAACUGUUCAUGGGUUAGGUCAUUAUCACACACCUUUACAAUACUAGCUUUCUAAAUUACAGAAUCUGUAUAGUUCAAACUGCACAGAAAUAGAACUGGGCAAUUACAUAUUUAAACUGAGGGCAUUAAAAAAUUCACCAAUAAAAAGAGAAACAUCAAAAUCUGCUUUUGUUGCAAAACUCCACUAUGGUUUUGUGUAAUAUUUGUAAAAAACAGAAUUAUAAUAAAAAUGAUUAAUGCUAAUGAUUUAAUAUAAAGACAGAUCACAGGACUAGAAACGUUUUAGGAUCAAUUGGUUUUCAUGAGAAAGAAUAUUGACAUACAAAAUAAAGAUAGU